GUCACGGGGGGGUGAGGAGGGGCGGGGCGGGGCGCGCGGGCUCCGCUUCCGGGUUGCCGGCCGGGAGCGCGCAGCCGGUGACAUGUGAACGCAGUGCCGGGAGCAGCAGCAGCUGAGAUGCAUUCGAGCCACGCCGAUGACCCCAAGGAAGUCAUACAGCUGAUCAAGAAGCAGCUGGUGAGCGCGAUCAAGGCGCUGCAGAAGCAGUACGUCUCUUCAGAUGCCGUUGUGACCAGCGACGAUGGCAACGCCAACACCCUCUGCAGCGCCCUGGAGGCCGUCUUUGUGCAUGGGCUGAAGGCGAAGCACAUAAAGACAGAGACGGGGGGGAAAGGGAAGAAAGCAGGCAGCCGCCUGCCGCUUCCCCAGCCUGUCUUUUGGGGCCUGCUGAAGAGCAUCACGCACCGGAACAUUGUCUCAGAGCUGGAACAACUCAUUUUUAUCAACACGGACGUCGGCCGCUGCCGGGCCUGGCUGAGGCUGGCUUUGAACGAUGGCCUCGUGGAGUGCUACUUGAAGCUGCUGCUGCGGGAGAGGCCGCGGCUGCCUGAGUACUACCAGUCCACGGCUCUGCUUUUGGACGCCGAGGAGUGCGAGUUCCUCCUUAGCUACCUGCAGGGCUUAACGUCCUUAACCUUUCAGCUGUCUUACAAAUCGGCAGUGUUGAACGAGUGGACUGUCACCCCUCUCUCCCUGUCCGGGCUGUGUCCUGUUUCGGAGCUGCUGGAGCCCCUGACGUCCUCGACAUCCGAGCCCCGGAGAAAAGCGUCGCUGGGUUCCAUCUCCCAGUCUUCGGGAUCAGAUGAGAUUGAAAUUCAGCCCUCCAUCCUGCCCAUCAGCAAAGCUGGUGUCAAAACCAAGCUGACGUCGUCCUCGCUGAGCCUCAACACGACAGGCUCGUCCCAGCUGUCCUCCAGCCUCGGCUCCGACAGCGCCCUCCAGCCCCACUGCGCCCAGAGCCCCGAGCGGAGCGAGGAGCCGCUCUCCUGCGACUCUGACCUGGGCACAGCCACUGCCGAGGACCUGGACAAGUCACUACAAGAGGUGCUGUCCGAGUUCAGCAAAGCCAAGCCGAGCCACGACGCCCCACCAGACCAGCUCGUCCCCGCCGUGCUGGGGUGCUCCCCGCCGCCGCCCGCCUGCCCCCCAGCACCCCCGGCGCCCUCUGAGGAUGCUCGCCCACCACCACCUCCCACCAGACAGAGGGGCAGUGUCCGCACUGUCCCCCAGGAUGAUGCCAGCGUCCCAGCCCCGAGUCCCAGCAGCACCGAUGGAGCGGAGGAAGGUGGCCGCGGUGUGGUCAGCAGCAGUGAGGGCAGCCAUGCAGUGCGCAGCCCCGCGGCCGAGUACCUCCUUUCUCCGCUGCCGGGUUGCCCGAAAAGAAAGAGCUGGAUCUCGGAAGAUGAUUUCUACAGGCCUUCUGCAGGAGAGAGUGGCAAAAGCCCAGCUGACAUCAACGGCUUCGUGCCAGACGGUGCUGGGGAGGGCCCAGCCCCGGGGCUGAUCAGUGCUCUCGACUUGGAAAGGCUGUCGGUGCCUUCCUCGCGGGGCGGGAAGCCCAAACUCUCACCCGAGCGGGAGCAAAAGGGCUUCAGCGUCGUGCAUCGCCGGCAGAUGGGUCUUUCCAACCCCUUCCGAGGACUCCUGAAGCUCGGCACCCUGGAGCGGAGAGGAGCCAUGGGCAUCUGGAAGGAGUUUUCCUGCGAGCUGUCACCACUGGAGCUCCGGCUCUUCCUGGACCACGAGGACCGCAUCUGCGUCGAGAGCUACUCGCUGCUGCGGUGCGAGUCGCUGGCGUUGACACACUCAGAUGGACGCUUCGAGCUGGUUUUCCUGGGGAAAAAGCUGUACCUACGAGCUCCUUCUCGAGACGAGGCCGAGGACUGGCUGGACAGGAUCCGGGAGGCGCUGCAGAAGUGCCGGCCUCAGCUGGAGGAGGAGGAGUGGGAGACGCUGGAGUACCCUGAAGAUGGUGGUGAAGGCGGCGAUCCCGCUGCUGUCCUCCAGUACAACGAAGCGCCUGGGACCAGCUUCGAUUGGACUUCAGCUCAUGAACCAGAACUGGAUGCAAUCAAAGAGGCUGUUCUGUACGUGGACGUAGACAAAACAUGGGUCCCUUUUAUUUUUUCCCUGUCACUGGAAACCUUGAAGUGCUUUAAGGUGAGGAACAACGACAAAAUCUUAAGCAACAGUUACGGCAUAGAGACGAUCCAGGACAUUCUUCCAGACACCAGCCUCGGGGGACCAUCGUUCUUCAAGGUGAUCACCUCCAAAGCUGUCCUGAAGCUGCAGGCUGAGAGCGCAGAAGAAGCAGCAUCGUGGAGGGAGCUGGUCCGAGGGGUGCUCGCCUCCUACCUAGAGGCGGCGGAGGAGGCCCUGACGCUGGGUGGCAGCUUGGAUGGCAACUCCCAGGUCCUCCUCAAGAGCAUCGUGAAGGAGAACGGCUUCUUGCUGCAAUACCUGGUGGCCAUCCCCGUGGAGAAGGGCCUGGACUCUCAGAGCUUCAUCUGCGCAGGCUGCUCCAGGCAGAUCGGCUUCUCCUUCGUGAAGCCCAAGCUCUGCGCCUUCUCCGGGCUCUACUACUGCGACAGCUGCCACCGGGACGACGAGACGGUGAUCCCCUCACGCCUCAUCCACAACUGGGACCUGACCAAGCGAGGGGUCUGCCGGCAGGCGCUGAAGUUCCUCACCCAGAUCCGUAACCAGCCGCUGAUCGACCUCAAGCUGGUCAACGAGAGCCUCUAUGACCAUGUGGAGAGGAUGAGGCGAAUCCUCCGGAGCAGGGAGCAGCUGAAGCUGCUUGGAGAUUACCUCAUCAUGUGCCGCAGCGGGGCCCUGAAGGAGCUGAGCAAGCGGCUCGAUCACAGGAACUACCUCUUGGAGUGUCCCCACAAGUACAGUGUCACUGAUCUGCGGCAGAUAGCUGAUGGCACCUUCGAGACGUUCCUGCAGUCUCUGAUCCAGUUCGCGUCCCAUCACGUCUACAACUGCGACCUGUGCACCCAGCGAGGCUUCAUCUGCCAGAUCUGCAACCGCAGCGACAUCAUCUUUCCCUUCGAGUUUGACACCACCACCAGGUGCAGUAACUGCAAAACCGUCUUCCACCGGGAGUGCCAGGCCAGUGCCCAGUCCUGCCCGCGCUGUGAGCGCCGCCGGCGAUACCAGCAGGAACAGGAGGCGGAUGGUGCGGGGCCAAGCCUCUAGCACCUGUGGAUUGGCCCGAAGACAGCACUUGGCCUCUCCGAGAGCUGCAAGACCGCUGAGAGUCGGGGGCUGGCACGCUUGGAGGUGUCGAGCAUGGACCCCAGGAGCUGCCAGUGCUGAGCAAUGACCACGGCUGGGGGCUGCUCCUGCACCCAGGAACCCUGCAGCCUUCAGGGGCCGAGCCAGGGGAGCCAGAGCUGGCCGGGAGCGAGCUGGUGCUGUGUGGGGCUGGGGCCAGCAGCCACCUGCUGCCGAAUCCCCCAGCAGCACUUCCCCCGGCGAUGGAGAUGCAGCGGCUUUCCCGGGUGCACGUCAGGAUUUCAAAUCAAGGGUGUGGAUAAACUGACAGUGAUUAAAGCUCUAGUUUUUUAGGAUGUUCGGUACAGAAAACUGCUAUUUUUAUAUGUAGGGGUUUUGCACAGAACUCGCUUGCCUGCUUGUGGGGGCACUAAUGGCAGCCGCAGCACGGGGUCAGGGGGAUGAGGUGACACUUGUGCCUUCAGCGAUCUGAGUGCGUGGGGCAGGCAGAGCAUCGCCUGCGGGGAGAGCCCACGGCACUGCGUGGCCUUCCCCGAGAGGAGAGCUGAGCUGCUCCCCCUGCCUGCUGAUUUUAAUCCUUGGCCAGUUGUGAGGCCACAAAGAACAUUUUAUUUUCUUCUCACUCCGGUGCAAAAAUUAUUAAAGUUUAUUUAACAACAAGUGAA